AUGGAUGUGGUCCACGCAGCCAUGUUUGGACACGCCGCCGACAUGGCCCCUCACGAGAUCCGGCUUCCGUUGCCGUGCGACGACGGCCUCUGGACCGCGCCGACUCCCGAAUCGUUCCGGCAUCUCGAUGGGAAUUACAGGAUGUACGGCAUCAAGCAGGUGUCUUUCCUGGACGGGCUGAAGAGCGCUCUGCACGGCCAGGAAGUCAAGACACACACUUUUGGCCGCAUGAUCAUCAUGUCCGGCCUGCUCAGCGUCGGAUGGCACCUUUCCCACCGCGAAUCCCACCUCAAGUGGCUCGAUCUGCGCACACCCAGCACGGAAUCGCACGAUGGCUGGAAAAAGAUUCUUCUGCGCGCCUUCGACGAGUGGAAGGAGAGCUUCGACAACGCCGUCGGGGCGAACGACACGUCUGAAGUCCUCGGGCAGCCGUCGAGCUCCAACGGCCCAAUCCACUCGGCCGCCGUGCUUUACCACUUGGCACACAUCAGUCUCCACGUGGAUAUCGUCGACUGCCAGGUAUACGCCGGGGCCAAGUACCUCGUCGGCCGCAAGGUCUCGACGCGCGACCACUCCAACGCGGUGGCGCGGAUGCGGACAUGGUCCAACGCGCCAUCGACCCGCCACGCCGUGCUCCACGCCUUCAAGCUCCUCUACCGCGUCCUCGUCGACCAACGAGGGCCGAAGCGACGGACGAGCAGCUUCGGCUCUCUCCCGGAGCCCGUGUCUGUUUUCUACUCCUGCCGCAGUGAGCCGGACCCCCACCGGCCGUGGAUCAUGUACUACGCGGCGCUGACGAUCUGGUCCUUUGUGCAGGCGCUGGGAAUCCCCAACAAGAACGCGCCGCCGGGGAGAUAUAGCGAGAUCGCCAGGUACCUGGCGCACUUUGCGAGCUUGGAAGAGCUGACUGAUGAGGCGGCCAGGGACCUCAACGAGAGGCUGCCCGAGUUGUUGGACCUGCUGAAGACGAGCCUGGAGCAGUCUCAUUCGGAGCUCCUGAGGGAAGCUAGUGAUAGGCUGAAGCUUUGCCGGGAGAUGCUGAGAUGA